UUCUUUUCUUUCUUCCUUCUUUGUUUAGUAUCCAUGUAUACAUGUCAGCACGUGUUUAGGUUGUGAAGUCCAUGUGGUCGGAGCGGCGAUAUGCAAUGAAUGUUAUUUUACCUAAUAUUUUGACAUAUAGUAGCUAACAUAUCUUGAUCAUCAUGGCCGAAAACGGCUGUGUUGGUGUCAUAUCUACCUUACGGGACUUAUGCGCAAAUGACAAAGUAUGCAGAGAUGCAUGCUCCAAGUUUAUUCGCCUCGAUGUGCUCCGUGACCGUGAUGUGCAGAGCUUGCUCAAUGUUCUGGCUGGGUUGCUCUUGAACCAGAGGCAUACAUUACUCAUUGCUGAUCAUAUGUCCGAUUCGCUCCCCCAAAUUCUUGCUGUUGCACUGAGCGACAAUGAUCAGAACAAGUCUUUUUCUCAAAACAUCAGCCCCAAAUUAUUGCAUGAGAAACGCUGUGCUGCUCUCGGCAAACUUGCUCCCAUUCAUCCGGACGUGAUGACAUUUGCAUUGAAAUAUUUUAAUUCCAACCCAUCACCAUUUCAUUACUGGAAAAUGAUGGAAGCAGAAGAUGGACCCAAAGUCAAAAGAAGGAAAGUUCAAUCUUCAGCUGUCCUGGAACCAAUAAGUGACGAAGACAUUGCUUUAUGUUCUUACACUUUCCUUAAAAUUAAAACAGACUACUUUAAAGACAUGUGGGAUUGGUCAUUGUUUUUAAAAGAAUUUUUAAGUCAUGCUGAACCAUACAUCCGUUGGAUUUCUUGUCAAUGUUGUGCUCUGCUGUUUGAAAUGGGAUGUAAAGAGAAGGAAACGCUUCUCAGUACCAAAUUGACAAAUGAAGAAAUAGUAAAUUUUUCAAUCAAGUGUACAGAAGAUGAGAAGAAAAUUUUUGACAAGUACAAACACCUAUGUUUUGACACUUCUGUGCCUACAAUUGAUUCUGGUCUUCCUCACCACAAUCGUGAAUCUGUUGUGUCAGUUGCUGGCAUUACUCUUCCAUCACUUUCGAAGAUUCCACUAAAUUUGGAAUCAAGUUUGGUGAUGGUCAAUUCUACCUUAGCAAAUAUGCAUGCCAUUGCCCUUGGCAUUGCUACAGGGAAAACCUUGUGUCUUCAGGGCCCAGUAGGUUGUGGUAAAACUGCUCUUGUGGAGCACCUUGCGAAACUGACAGGCCAUGAUAGUCCCCCUGUAUACCUUUCGGUUCAGCUGGGUGACCAAACAGACAGCAAGAUGUUGCUCGGUACAUACCAAUGUACUGACAUUCCUGGUGAAUUUGUUUGGAAGCCUGGUGUCUUGACGCAGGCUGUUGUUGGGGGUUACUGGUUGCUUCUUGAAGAUAUUGAUAGCUGCACCACUGAUGUGGCAGCUGUUCUUGCAUCUUUGCUGGAAACUGGUACUCUAAGUGUACCUGGUUUCAAGGAUUGUGUGCAUGCUGCUCCUGGCUUUCAACUAUUUUUCACCCAAAGGUUGGUGUCAGGUGCAAGUGGUCUUCACAAACUCCACUCUGGAGUGACUAGUAUGCUUCAAAGGCACUGGUUAACUGUGCAAAUGGAGCCUCUGUCUGAAUCUGAGCUCGUUGAAAUAGUGCAGACUUUGUACCCCACUUUAAGCACUGUGGCUUCACGCAUGGUGAAUGUAUUUUUGCUCUUCUCGGCCGGAAACCACCACUCUUCAUUGUCUAGAAAUGAAGAUACAUCAGACUUGCAAACCAAGACUGUUCAGAUUCAGGCAGCUGGCACUAGACUUCCUUCUACAAGAGACUUCAUCAAAUGGUGCAACAGAUCAAAAGAGGCUUUUGAUGUCAAGUCACCUGAAUCUGCGCUUAAAUUAUUUCAAGAUGCUGUGGACAUAUUUUGCUGUAAUGUCAGUAACCCAGAGACAAGACUUAGCCUUGCUUCAAGUGUGGCUGGCAAACUGGGUAUCAUUCAUACUAAGGCAGAAUAUUUCUGCAAUAUUCAUAAACCUGUCAUAUCUUGUUCCUUGUCACAUGUAACUGCUGGUAGAGUUAGUUUGCCUAGGAAGAUCGCUGAAGCUGUAGUAUUGACCAGCCGAGUUAAAUCUACUUACUCAUUUACUCGUCCAGCUGCUGCUCUUCUAGAACGGAUUGCGUCCUGUAUCUAUCAUAGUGAACCAGUUCUGUUGGUCGGUGAGACAGGAGUUGGUAAAACUUCAAGCAUUCAGUACCUAGCCCAACAAAUGGGCCAGACUCUGUCUGUCAUUAACAUGAAUCAACAAUCAGAUAGCGCUGAUCUCUUGGGCGGAUACAAACCAGUGGAACUCAAAUUUGUCAUUUCGCCUCUAAGAAAUGAGUUUGAAACUUUGUUUCGAAAGUUCUUCUCUGUUAAUGAAAAUGCAAAAUAUCUUGGUCACAUAGCAAACUGCUUUUCUCGCAAAAAAUGGACCACUCUGGUAGGCUUAAUGAAGCACACUACCACUGCUGCACUAAAGCGGUUUGAUACCAACAAAUCAAAAAAGAAAGUUACCAAUAGAGAUACAAAAUCUGAUGAACUGUAUACCCCCGCCUUCAAAGAUGCUUGGCAGCAACUAUCCCGUAAACUGUCCAAAGUGGAAGAACAACUUAAGAAGUCCCAAAAUGCUCUUGCCUUUGCAUUUGUUGAAGGAAGCCUCGUAAGAGCUUUGCAAGAAGGCCAAUGGGUUCUUUUGGAUGAAAUUAAUCUGGCAAGUGCUCAAACUCUUGAAUGCUUGUCAAGUCUUCUAGAGGGAUCCUCUGGAUCUCUGUAUCUUCUGGAACGUGGAGAUGAACAUUCAUUAAAAAGACAUCCAAACUUUAGAAUAUUUGCUGCUAUGAAUCCUGCAACAGAUGUUGGCAAAAAAGAACUGCCUGCUGGAAUCAGAAAUAGGUUUUCAGAAUUCUUUGUAGAUGAACUUGUGGACCGACAAGAUCUUCUCUUAUUGUGUGGUUCAUAUUUGGAACCCCUCUCUUUACCUGCACCUAAGCUGGAUGCACUAGUAAAAUUUUAUCUAACAAUUUGCAAAGAGGCUGUGUUACAUCUCUCUGAUGGUACUGGGCACAAACCUCAUUACAGCCUUAGAACACUGUGUCGUGCCCUUUCAGUAGCAGCAGUUAAUCCUUGUGGGUCAGUCCCACGCUCCAUGUAUGAAGGGAUUUUACUGAGUUUUUUGACUCAGCUAGACCGCUCAUCCCAUCCUAUUGUUGAAGACCUGGUGUCCAAAGCAAUUACAGGAAACUCAACUGAUUUAAAGUCUCUGAUGAAACAACCAAUCCCUGCUCCUGUUGCAACAGGGAAAAAUUUUGUUCAGAUAGAAGGCUAUUGGGUUACCCAGGGACCUCUUGAUCCCAUUACACCUGACAAGUACAUUAUGACACAAACUGUUCGUCAAAAUCUGCGAGAUUUGGUCAGAGUGGUGUCUCUGGCGAGGCUACCUGUACUUCUGCAGGGUGAAACAUCUGUGGGCAAAACCAGUCUCAUCACAUAUCUGGCUCAAGUGUCAGGCAAUCGGUGCCUCCGUAUCAACAACCAUGAGCAUACUGAUCUUCAAGAAUACAUUGGCUGCUAUGCUGCUGAUGAGCAUGGAAAUUUAGUAUUCAAAGAAGGGGUACUCGUGGAAGCUAUGCGAUUUGGACAUUGGGUUAUUCUUGAUGAACUUAAUUUGGCUCCAAGUGAUGUUUUGGAAGCUCUCAACAGAGUUUUGGACGACAAUCGUGAACUCUUUAUUCCUGAAACACAGAAAGUUGUGAAGGCACACCCAAAUUUUAUGCUCUUUGCUACACAGAACCCUCCUGGCCUGUAUGGUGGCAGAAAGGUUUUAUCACGAGCUUUCCGGAACCGUUUCAUUGAACUCCAUUUUGAUGAAAUACCCUCUGUUGAAUUGGAAACCAUUAUGCAUUUACGCUGUGAUAUGCCACCUUCCUAUUGCAAGAAGAUGGUAGCUGUUAUGUCUGAUUUGCAAGUGCGUAGAAAAGGAAGUGCAGCAUUUGCUGGCAAGCAAGGUUUUAUUACCCUGAGAGAUUUGUUCCGAUGGGGAGAAAGGUAUCGCCUUGCUCAACAACAGACAGUAGCAGGGAAAUUUUAUGAUUGGGAUCAGCAUAUUGCAGAUGAAGGAUAUCUCAUUUUGGCAGGGAGAGUCAGAAAAGAAGAAGAGAGGAUCAUUAUCCAGGAAUCUCUUAAGAAGUACAUCAAACGUUCAGUGAGCCCUGAGAAACUUUUUACUUUGAAUGCUGACACUUCACCAGUUACACGGUCAAUUUUAGAAUCUAUUAUUCACCAGACCCCUCCUGGUUUCAGUCAUAUAGUAUGGACUUUCAAUAUGCGGCGUCUUGCUGUUCUUCUUGGUAAAGCCUGUGAAUUCAAAGAGCCCAUAUUACUCGUUGGAGAAACUGGGUGUGGUAAAACAACACUCUGCCAACUUUUAGCAGCUAGUAGAAGUCAAGUUUUAGCAGCUGUUAACUGUCACAUGCACUCAGAGAGUGCGGACUUUUUGGGAGGCCUGCGCCCAGUUCGUGAACAUACUGAGGAGACUAAGGGAAAGUUAUUUGAAUGGGUUGAUGGCCCUUUGAUCGAAGCUAUGCAGAAUGGUGGAGUAUUUCUAGCAGAUGAAAUAUCAUUGGCAGAUGACAGUGUCUUGGAAAGACUUAAUUCCCUACUUGAGCCUGAAAGAAAGCUGCUGCUAGCUGAGAAAGGCAGUGGUAUUGGUGGUGAACCUUGUGAAAUCACUGCUAAGGAUGGUUUCAUCUUUGUGGGAACCAUGAACCCUGGUGGUGACUACGGCAAGAAAGAACUUUCGCCAGCUUUGAGGAAUCGGUUCACUGAAAUUUGGUGUGAAGGAUGCUCACAAAGAUCAGAUUUGAUUGCUGUGAUAGAACACAACUUAAGACCAGAACUAGUUUUCAGAAAUGAGAGAAAUGAAUCCUCCAGUGUAGGAGCUGCUCUUGUUGACUUUUUGGAUUGGUUUUCACAAACUGAUUUAGGAAAUAGGUGUGUCAAAAGUAUAAGAGACAUUAUGACAUGGAUUGAUUUUAUAAAUGUUUGCACCAAAGAGAAUGUCAAUUUGAGUUUAGGUGAAGCAUAUAUUCAUGGAGCCUGCCUAACUUUCCUGGAUAGCCUAGGGACAGGACUGACAAGUUUCUCGACCAGAGAAGUUGUUCAGAGUGUGCGAGUUUCUGCUCUGAAAUUGUUAAUGCAGCAAGUGAAGGAGUCAAUGGGAGCUGAAAUGCCAAGCCUAGAAUCAUUUUUAUCUGUAAAUUCACAGGAUUUUGAAGUUACAUCAACAAUGGAGAAAUUUGGAAUGAAGCCUUUUUACAUACCUCGAGGCUGUCCAGACAUAGUGGACAAUGCAGAUUUCCUGCUUUGUGCACCAACAACUCGUAUCAAUGCCAUGCGUGUUCUUCGUGGUUUGCAGUUAAGCAAAGCACUUCUCUUGGAGGGAAGUCCAGGCGUUGGAAAGACUAGCUUGGUCUCUGCUUUAGCUCAAGCCGCAGGAUAUAAAUUAACAAGAAUCAAUCUAUCAGACCAAACUGAUGUGUCAGACCUCUUUGGAGCUGAUUUGCCAGUUGAAGGUGGGUCUGGUGGAGAGUUUGCAUGGCGUGACGGUCCUUUUCUGCGGGCCCUUCGAAGUGGGCACUGGAUUUUGUUGGAUGAGUUGAACCUUGCCUCUCAGUCAGUAUUAGAAGGGCUAAAUGCUGUCCUUGAUCAUAGAGGUGACCUGUUCAUACCGGAGCUCGGACGCACAUUCCACAUUCAGUCUGACAAAACUCGCUUAUUUGCCUGUCAGAACCCACUCAACCAAGGUGGUGCUAGGAAAGGUCUCCCGCAGUCAUUCCUCAACCGAUUCACUCAAGUUCAUAUGGAGACGCUCACCUCAGACGAUUUGGAGUAUAUUUGCCAAAAUCUCUUCCCAAACUUGCCUCCCAAUUUAAUAAAGUCCAUGGUGAAUUUCAAUCAACUUGCAUCAAUGCAAACUGCGCCAGGAGGCACUUGGGGCCAAAGAGGCGCUCCUUGGGAAAUGAAUUUACGAGACCUGACUAGGUGGUGUGAAGUUACUGUGUGGGGAGCUUCAAAUGGAGCUCUUAAUCCAGGAAGAUUUGUUCAACUUUUAUAUAUUGACCGCAUGCGCACAGCAAGAGAUAAAGAAGAAAUGAUGUUGCUCUAUACCCAGUCAUUUGGCAGUGAUUACCCUCUUCCCUGUGAUGUGCCUCAAAUCUACAUUACUCCAGAUGUAGUGUACUUAGGAGAUGUUACCUUGCAAAGGGGAGCCUUUGGAAACACCUCUAAAUCAAAACUUGUUCUGAGGCAUCAACUGCCUAUGUUACAAUCUAUAGCCCGAUGUGUGUCUAUGGGAUGGCUCUCAAUUUUAGUUGGCCCUGCAGGUUGUGGCAAAACUAGUUUGAUUCAGCUCCUAUCCCAGUUGACAGGUCAUGAACUGCGAACCCUUUCUGUGAACUCUGCAAUGGAUACUACUGAAAUUCUUGGUGGAUUUGAGCAGGCAGAUUACAAACGCCACUUCGAUGAGUUAGCAGUGAAAGCUCACAAAAUUGUGCUCCAAAGUAUCCAACAUUCCACUCUGCAAGGAAAAGAGAAAGAAUCAAAUCGUCUUUUGUGUCUCUGGGAAAGUUUCCACACAGAAAACCGCACAUUAGGUGGUUACAAACCAAUGGCAUCAGAAGUAAUAUCAUUCACAAAGAAAAUUGACAUCCUUUUGAAUGUGUUGAUGUCGAUUCCAGAAGAUUCCAUCUCAGUAGAAGCUCAAGAAGAGGUCCAAAAUCUUAGAAUGUUGUUGUCUCGCCUCAAGGAUUCUGCCACACGCGAUAAUAGUCUCAAUGCAGGAGGCAAAUUUGAAUGGAUUGAUAGUAUUCUGAUCAAAAGUUUGAUUGAUGGAUGCUGGCUGCUGGUUGACAAUGUUAAUCUCUGCAGUGCUGCAGUACUCGACAGGCUUAAUGGUCUUCUCGAACCACAGGGUGUUCUCACUGUCAGUGAAAGAGGAGUUAAUUCUAAUGGUGAAUUAGUCACCAUUCAACCUCACCCAGAGUUUCGUCUAUUUCUGACUAUGGACCCAAGAAAUGGAGAAAUUUCAAGGGCUAUGCGGAAUAGAGGAGUAGAAAUAUUCAUUACCACAUCUGAGGAAGAUAUGGCAACUUCCUUGAGUCCAUUAGAUCUUGCCUCUUUAAUGUAUGAUGUAGGUAUCUACAGUCAACAUGAUCAACAGAUGCUUCUCAGUGUACAUGAGGCGAUGUCGAAUGUUGUUCAAGGCCCAGAUCCACCUGGACUCACAGAACUUCUUCAUGCUUCAUAUUUAUUUGUUCAGCAAGUGCAUAGAGGAAUGCCCCCCAUUCCUUCCUUGGUUUCAUCAUUUACUAAAGUCUACAUACAAUCUCGUCUACAUGACAACAUAGACACUAAACGUCGCAACCUCUCUAUUCUUGAAGAAGCAGUGAAAGUAGGGGUUCAUGGCAGUGCUUCCCUUGCUCUUGAUAGAUUGAUUUCUCACAGUACUUUGAAAACUGGAGAAGUGCAGCAGGAUUCAGCAUUUGCUAUAGUUAAGCAGAGAUUUAGUGUUCUAUCUGCACUCACCAAUGCACAAGAGCAUGAUCUAUGGGAACUUCUUGAAUUUUUGGGCAUUUCGAAGAUGAAGGUGGACCUCGAAACAGUCAUUGCCAAUCUCACUAUCUUGUUCUACCAAACAUGUUCAGUAGCUGAUGUCGGCCUUGCAAGUAAAUGGCUGGAAAAAGUUGUUGAAGGUUCCUGUCAUGAGGAAACCAUCAUUCAGCUGUCAAAAGCCUUACACAAUGUGAUUGUGAAUGUUGAUGACUUGGCCCAGUGCCAUUUGAUGUGGGACCGUAGGUGGCUCCCAGAUGUUUCAUCUGCCCUCACAGUGCUGAGUGGAGACGAUGACCAGGGUGUGGAAAACCGAGUGGCAUUGCUUUUGUACAUAACAGCACACAGCUUCAGGACUAAAUAUUCUUUUGACUUCAAAAGCAUAAAGAAGCAUAAACGUAUAUCUGUGUUAGAAUAUUCCCAUGCUGUUUCCAAAGGUGUUUUGGCUGAUACACUAUCCUCAGACCCUAUUAUAACUGACAUUGGUCCAUUUUUGGAUGCAGCCUUUGGUAUUUUGUGUGAUGCACUCAAUACCAUUGGGGUUUCUAUUAGCGAUGAGCUCUGGUGGUCUGUUCGUAAAGCAUUCCUUUGGAUACAGCGCUUCCAGAGCCAGGCGGCAUCUGUGUUUAUUAAUUCAGACAAGGCUGCAUGUGAGGAAAUUUCAAAUUUGUUGGCAGUCCAUUAUCGUUGGUUUUCUAAAUAUGCGAUUCCUGUAUUAAUUCACCUGGCUGGUGAAGCUGCAUUGGAUGCCUCUCUCCUCACUGAAAUAAUGCUGAGGAUGAAUGCCUCUGUCUUUUCCAACAUUAGUGUUAUGUGGCAAGUAGCAAAAAAAUUGAGACAAGAAAUUGGACAGCCAUUGCCAAUAGCCUCUGACCUUCAGGCUACAUUGACAUCAAAGGCCCAGCAGGUCGGAAGUGUUAUUAAUAUGUGGAAACGUGAUAAUGACAAGAACAACUUUGCUCAAGUGGCUAACUUUCUCACCACCCCUGCGGGGCAAACAGCAAAGGCAACAUUAACAGUGGCUGUGAAGGACCUUAUUUUAGCAUCUGAUUUAAGCAAAGUGGAGGAAAGACUGGAUCAAGCUGAAAAAUGUUGUUCUGAAGCUGGUCUCUUGGCAAACCCUUUAAUUAGUGAGCAAUCUGAACAUCCACCCAACCCAAUAAGCCUCCAAAUCUUGCUGUGGCCCUUCAUGGAAGCAGUUUGCCUGCACGCGACUGGUCCUUUAUUACUGAAACUGUUCCAAGAGCAGACGAUGUUGAGUUUCAUGGAGGAAGCUUCAGUCUUAUUACAAGCAAUGAAAAUAACACCAUCCAUACCUGCAGCUCUUAUUGGCUAUUUUGAAGCCUUUCAAACAGAAGGCAAAAGCCAAGAGUUAUGCAAAGGAAUUUCCUGGUUGUUCCAAUUCUGCAACCGUUCUUUGGCAAUUUCAAAUUCCAUAUUGGAUUUGAACUCAGUAUGUGAUAAGGAAAUGAACAUGGAAUUUCUACCCCAACACUGUCCAGUGUUCUCUCACUUAGCAGCCAAUCUCCUAUUUUGUCACAACCCAUCAAGCAAACAGCAAUUGUCUCAGCUGACACUCGAUCGCCAUGCUCAACAUGUGAAAUUGCUUGCAAGAUUGCGCUGUUUACUUUGGCGAAACUCACAAACCCUCUUCACCUCUCGAUUCUCGUUUAGGUAUACUGAAGUAAACAGCAUUUUAGCUGCUUCACAACAUUUUAUAAACAGUUUAGAAAAGAGCUGUUCCUCAGUUCCAAUGCAUCAAUCCAACUUGCAGGAAAGAGCUACUUUAAUAAUUGAACAACUCCAAGAAAGACUUGGAGACAAGGCAUUUGUACUGUCAAGUUUCUACUCUUUGCUUCUAGAGUUCAUUAUGGUACUUAAUGCUAUAGAACAUCAAUACAGAAGCAGUGAAGUGGUGGAAAGUGAAACAUUGGCUCAGGUUGGCUUGGCUUGGGCUCUAUUGGGAUGUCUGGAGUCUCAGCUCUUCUCCGCUUUCCCCAAGAUUGACCCCACCUCAAAAGAAGCGAUCAAGCGCAAGUACACAAAAGAUGACCUUCUCUUGACAAGGAGUGAACUACUUUCAGCUAAAAUUGUUGGAUCUGUCAAGGGUAACAAAUCUGAUGCCUUGCCUACUCAUCCACAUCUUAAAGUUCUUAGCAGUCACACUGUUUCUUUGGAACAUGAAUUAAGUGUGCUGAAUCGGCAAGUGGCCACAAGACCUGAUCCCCCUUUGUACACUGCACUGACCAAGGAACUAGAGCACCUUGCAAGAAGCCUUAGCUCAGAAGCUGUUGUUACUAAAGUAACAAAACGUUUAUUGUCCAUUCAUACUAGUACAUCCACUCAAGAUUAUCAAACAGUUUUGAAUGAGGCUCAGACUUGGUUGCGAUCUCAGCGCAGCUUUUCAACCAUGCUGGAAAGAAGGUUUGGUUUAUGGUACCCAGACAUAGUGGGACCUCUUCUGGCUGCAAGUGCAAAGCUCAUCCGUGGAGUAGAACUGAUGAUUGGUGUUUCAAGGAAAAUCUUCCUCAAGGGUUUGAAUGGUCCUGAUCAUGUUAACCUUGGCAAACUUGUGUGCUCAAUUGGCAUUUUCCCCACCCUGCAUUCUGAACAACCCUCUUUGCUGAAUCUUAUUUCUCAUCUGGCAAAUAGACAUAUGCCAUCUAUUAUUGAGAAGAUGUUGCUUGCUCUUGUUGGUGAUAAUGAGGAUCUACCUGUUGCUGUGCAAUCACAACUGGAAGCGUAUUGGUUGUUGAAAAGUUCGGUUCUGGAGUUAAAAAAUGCUAUAUGUGUAUCUCAAUCUGUGAAGAAUGAAGAAUGGGAUGCUCUGGUUCAAGUGCUGAGAUCCUUCAUGCACAUCUGGGAGAAGCAGGAAGCUGAGCGGCGUGAAAUGGAGCAGGAUAAUGAGAGCCUUUACAAGUCCCGUGGAGCUUUGAGGUGUGAGGAUGUUACCGAUGAUGAAGAAGCGCUGAAGGAGAUAGCUGAAAUGUUCCCAUCCAAUAGGGAGAAAGAUUUUGGAGACUUAGAGCCCCAAAAUAGUUUGGAUGACGAACCUCUUAAAGUAUCUGACAACCUGAAUGGAAUGGCAUUGAAUGGAAUGUUAGAUGAAGAAGAUAUGGCUCUUGUGAGCUCGAUUCAUGUUUCUCUGGCCUUGGCAUUCACCAAAUCUUCCUGGAUAAGCUGCUCUCCAAGUAACUCUUCUUCCAUCAGCACUGAUUACUUGACUCCAUGGCUACAGCGAUCUGCUGUUGCAGCCCGUCUCAUUUCAUCUUGUGGGUACAUGUUUGAUGAGACUGUGGACAAUCAUCUUCUGCCAAGCUGGAUCUUAGCCUCAUUUCAAGCAUCUCCAAACUUGUCAGUUUCUGAUGAUGCUGGUACUAACCCAGAGGAUCCUACAUUUGAUUUUUAUCGAAGCCCUUGUAUGAGUGAAGCAAGACAGUGUAAACCAGUUCUUGAUGGAGUUUUCAAAAGAAUCAGUGAAUUGUUGAGUGAAUGGCCGGAACAUCCAACUCUAAAUCAAAUUGCUGUUGUGAUUAAUCGUAUCAAUUCUUUUCCUAUUGAAAGUCCUCUGGCAAGAUUUCUCACAGGACUUGAAAUACUCUUGACCAAGAUGAAAGAAUGGGAAGACAAUGCUCACUCAGGUGUUAGUCUAUUACACCAAUCAGGUGUUGUCACAAAUCUUGUUAUUCAAUGGAGGCGGCUUGAGUUGUCAGGGUGGAAAGGAUGCCUUCAUGCUGCAGCUAUCCGAAUGGAGAAGAGAGCUUCUCGCUGGUGGUUUUAUAUUUUCUCACUGAUUGAUUCUUAUAUACAUCCAUCUGAAAAGGAAUCCAUGAGUGAGAAGGAAAUAGUAUCCUCACUUGAGAAGUUUAUGGAGGAUGCCCCUCUGGGUGAAUUCCAUGUAAGACUAGACAUGAUUUUGGCCUUCCAUUGCCAUGUCAUAAACCUUCCUGCUUCUCGUCAAAGGAACGAACUGCUUUCAGUUUUGUGGAAUUUGUACAACUUCUACCAUCAAUUUAAAGAUUUGAUAGCUAACAGAAUCAUUGACCUGAAAAAACCAAUUGAAAAAAAACUGAAGGACUAUGUUAAAAUAGCUCGUUGGAAUGACAUUAAUUACUGGUCUGUGAAAGCAACAGUUGCCAAGACUCAACGAACCUUACACAAGCAUGUGAAGGAGUUUGAGAAGGCCCUUCGGCUGGCUGCCAAAAUGACUAUGCUUUCUUCUCGCCUUGAAGGCAAAUCACAACGUAAAAUGCCCACACAGCUCAAUCCUAAAUUGUACAUUGCAAAUGCUGAUCCUGAGAUAUUUAAAGAUCUAUCUGAGCUGGAUCUGGAUCCCACAUCAGUGCUGUAUCGUGCUGGAUCACUAUUCAGCCGCUCAAAGAAAUUGUCAAAAGAAAUUAUCUUGUCUUCUACAUGUCCUGGCCUAGUUGCCGCUUUGAAUGAGCUUUCAAAUGACAUUGCUGAAUCUGUGCAACAACUUGCGUCUCUUGAUGUGGAUCAAACUGCACCUAAAGCCAAGCAGAAAUCCCAAGCAAAGAACCAACUUCAGAUGAAGCGCAAGGCAUUAGCUGACCUGUUCCGCAUGUUGCAACGUGUUGGUUUAUCACACCACACAGGCUUAACUUACGAGGAGAAAGAUGUAAAACAUGAGUUCACUCAGCUGCCUCCGUUAGAUUUAAAUGCUUACUUUGAGGCCCUGAGCAAUGCUAGUGAACCUACAAGUGCUGCCGAUAAAGAGAUUCUCAGUUCAUGGGAUGGAUGUGACGCAUACUUGAUGCGAUCAUGGGUCCGCUAUGCUCAAUUGAGUAUAGCUCUCCGCAGUCCCCACAAGGACCAUGGUCCACCUAACAUAGACAGACUUAAAGGGUUCCCUACACAUCUUCUGACCCUUGCACACAGCCAACAAAGAUGUGUUGAGAGGAAUACAACCCUAAUGGCAAAAGUGCGUAUACAGUUAUUCCAGCUGAAGUCACUUCAAGAAAUUCUUACUAAUCAGAUGCCAUCUCAAUCAACUCUUUGUGAGUGGAAAAAAAGGCUUGAAUCUUUGCUUGUGUCUGCAUUGGCCACUUUGCAACAGUCCCGGAUACUACUUAACUGUUGCCCCGAGAGUGGAGAGAACAUUGAAGACAACAUACCUGUGGUUGCAUAUGAAGGAACACAAUUAUCUGGUUUAUCAGGCCUUAUCAAAGGAGAUGGUACAUGGCAGAAAGCAAUCCUCAUCAUUGAUGAAGCUCUUUCAACAUUCAAUAAGUGCAAGAAAAAUAUUUUCACAGAUAACAGUUUUUCCUCUGUCUGUCCGAACGUUAUUACCAUAAGCUAUUACAAGAAGAUGGCCCAGUGUUUCAGUGACAUUUCAGUUGUCACAAGUAGAAUCUCUGAAAUCUUGACCAUCUUUGGUGAUGACUCCUGCCUGAAUCCAUGCAUUCGAAGUCUGAAGUGGCUGAGGGACCAUAUGGUUUCUGAAUACCACUCAUUCUCUGAUAUCUGCAAAGAUAACCUAGUGAGCGCAGAAACUACAGCUGAAGAUGGGGCUUCAUGUACUCAACCCUCGAUCCAAGUCAUUGAUUUGGUGCAAAACAUAUUGCUGGCAAUUCAAAAGCUAUACAAAGACCACACAACUCUGGAUGAGCCAGAACCAGAUCAGUCAACACUUGAGAUGGAUACAAUUGAAGGAGACCAGAAGGUUGAGGAAACUGAUGAUGAUCUCAUCCAAGAUAAACAUUUAACUGAUGGUAUUCUCAAGUCACUUGCUUCCGAUUUGUCUAAUUUGAAUGCUGUGGAAAUUAGCCAAUGUCUUGAAAGCCUUCUGAACAACUUAAUGUCUACAAUCAAUGGAAAUUGCCUCUCCUCUCAAGCAGAGAGAAGUAUCAGGAUUGCCUUGCAUUCACUUCCUUUGCUUCAACAAUGGCUACUCCUAUUCCAAUUUGUUGUGCAGCAACAAGUAGCUGCAUAUCGAGCUACUUGUAAACUUGCUUCAACUGUAUUAGCUGUCUUUGGUGAUUUAGCUGUGAAGGGGUUCUGCACACCAGAAGGCUUGUUGUCUGAAGAAGAAGCGGGUGAAGGUGAGGAGUCUGAGAGCAAAGGGGAAGGAGCCAUGGGGCUUGGAGAUGGUGAAGGAGAGAAAGACAUGUCAGAACGUAUUGAAACUGAGGAUCAAUUGGAUGAUGCUCGCCCAGCUGGUGAGGAGAAGAAGGAUGAGGACAAAGAUUGCAAGGAAGAGGAAAAAGGUAUUGAAAUGUCUGACAACUUUGAUGGAAAGCUUCAGGAUGUAGAUCCCAAAGGUGAUGACGAAGAUGAUUCAGAUAAGGAGGAUGAUGAUAAUGACGACGCUGAGAAAGAAAUGGGCGACACAGAAAAGGAAGCAGAGCAAUUAGAUCAACAGAUUUGGGGAAGUGAUUCUGAGGAAGAAGGUGAUGAAGAAGACAACAAAAAGGAAGAAGAAGGCCAGUCUCGAGAAGAGAGUGGAGAAAAGGAAGUUGGCGCUCGAGAGCGUGAAGGAGAUCCUAAUGACAAGGAAUCUGAUGACAAAAGUGAUGAAAGAAAGCAGGAAAAUAAACCGGAGAUCAAUGAAAUGGAUGAGCCAGAGGUUGAUGACGAUCAGGUUGACCCUUACCAUGGUAAACAGCAGCCAGAAGCUGAACCCGAGGCUAUGGAUUUGCCUGAUGACCUACAGCUCGAUGAUGGAGAAGGUAAAGAUCAAGAAGAAAAGGGAGAAGAGGAUCCGUUUGAUAUUGACCAAAUGAAAGAGACAAUGCCUCCAGAACCUCAAGAGGAAGAUAAAGAGGGCGAAAAUGAGGAUGAUAAGAAAACUGAAGAGGACAAAGCUGAUGGCGAUGCAAGUGACGAUGACGAAAAUGACGAUGCAGACGGUGACAAAGUGGAGGAAAAUCCCUUUGAAGAACCAACUCCAACUGAAGAGGAGCUAGAAGAACCACCUCAGGCAGAUGAGAGAAAAAGUGGUCAGAAACAAGAAGAUAUUGAAGACGAAAAUGAUGCACCUGAAGAUGAAAAACCUGAGGAAGAGAAGCCCGAUGCAGAUGAAAGGAACCCCUCCAAAGAUGAUCCUUCUGCUGCACAAACCGAGGCAUCAGAAGACAAUCAACAGGGAUCUAAAGACCAGGUGGCUGCACUACCUAAAGACACUGAAGAUGUUUCUGGUGAACAGCCUCCACAAGAAGCUGAUGGUGAUCCUGGUGGAGAGGAGAAGGAUUCUGUUGGGCAGGCACCCAAUCAGGAGCUCAGAGGCCAUCAUUCAGAUCGAUCAGGAAAACGUCCGCAGCAAGACCAGUUCAAGGACCAGCCAGAAUCAGAAGAAAAGCAACAGCCUCCUGGACAUAGUGACAGCCAGCGAUCAUUGGGAGAUGUGAAUGAGCCCAUGAGAAAACGACUUAAGACAGUUGAUGUGAAAGAGACACAGGAGGAGAAAGAUGAGGGACAGCCAGAGGAUGAGCCUAAUGAAGCUGAAGCCAUGGCUGAUUUAUACCAGCAUAUCAAGGACGUGAAGGAGCAGUCAUCAACACAAACUCUGGAUGCUGCAACCAAAGAACAGGCUGAGGAGCAACCAAUCCCCAACAAGGAGGAGGAAGGAGCAUCACCACCUGAUGAUGAUGAUGUUAUGGAAGUUGAAGAAAUGCCAGUGGAUGAUGUGGAAAGUGAAAAGCAGAAGGAAGAAGCUGUGUCGGGAAGCAAAAAUGAAAAGCAAAAGAAAGAAAAGGGAAAGCUGCCACUUCAAAAUGAAGCUGAUGCAGAAAGACAAGAUGUUGAGAUAGACGGGGAGAGAGUAGACACACUUGGUGUUUCUCGUGCUCCUGAAACAACAUUCCACACUCGUUUCGAUGAUUUGUCCUUACCAACUGUCGUUACUCUUGCUGAUGUUGAGGAACAGUCUGAGGCUGUCCGCAAGGACAUCCAAAACCAACUUACUUCCUGGAACUUGGAACACGCUGGUGAAGAAGCAACUCAAGGAUGGCAGGCCCUUAGUUCCUUGACAAAUUCCCUUGCCCGCAACCUAAGUGAACAGCUACGAUUGGUCCUUGAGCCUACUCAGGCCACUCAAAUGAAGGGUGAUUUCCGAACUGGCCGAAGAAUUAAUAUGAGAAAAGUAAUACCAUACAUAGCUAGUCAAUUCCGUAAAGAUAAAAUAUGGAUGAGGCGCACAAAGCCAUCUAAAAGAGAGUAUCAGAUUAUGCUUGCAAUUGAUGACUCUUCGAGUAUGGCAGACAAUAGAUCAAAAGAAUUAGCGUUUGAGUCUCUUGCUUUAGUUAGUCAAGCUCUGACCUUGUUGGAGGCAGGUGAAUUAGGUGUCUUAAGCUUUGGAGAGGCUGUCAAAGUGUUGCAUAGAUUGGGUGAACCUUUCACACAGCACAGUGGUGCAAGGCUUUUGCAACAGUUUUCUUUUGAUCAAAGAAAAACACAAAUUGGUGUACUUGUUGAAUAUGCUACAGCCCUAUUUUCAACCAGUAAAGCUCAAACAUCUGCUGAGCAUGCACAGCUUUUGGUCGUCAUAUCGGACGGCCGAGGUGUUUUCAGUGAAGGGCAAGAAAAGGUGUGCGAUUGUGUGAGAAGAGCAAGGCUAGCUGGCAUUUUUAUGAUAUUUGUUAUCAUAGAUAACCCUGAAACUAAAGAUUCCAUAUUAGACAUCCGCACCCCUAUAUUUAGUGGAGGAAAACUUUUGGGGAUUUCAUCUUACAUGGAUACUUUCCCUUUCCCAUUUUAUCUUAUCUUGCGUGAUAUUGCUAAUCUGCCAGCUGUUUUAAGUGAUGCUUUAAGACAGUGGUUUGAACUAGUUUCCAGCAAGGAAUAAAUCUAAAAUUAUUUCUUUGAGUUUUAGAAAUGAGCUGACAUUGUUUUAGAGUAAUUUAAUUGAUUCUGCUAUGUCCUUUAAAGAGCAACGAAAAAGGAAACCCAAUAAAUAUUUCUAGUAAUUGUUA